AUGAGUUUCCUCACUAGCCUCACCGCAUACUUGCCUCAACAUGAAGGUGUACUUCCCCAAUGGCUUCUUUUCAUCUCCGUCACUUCUCUUUUCAAUACCGUCCAAUGCUAUUUUACUCUCCACUUUAACUCCCAAAUCUAUAACGCCAUCCCCAUAUCCAGUAUCCCACUUAGUAAAGGUACCUCCCAAUCCUAUCCUUUAACCACAUCUGCCACUCCUCUCUCUUCGCGCACAUUCGGAACAUGGACUCUUAUCACUGCGAUCGUUCGUCUUCAAACCGCAUAUCAUAUUAGCAACCCACAGAUAUAUCAAUUGGGAUACGCGACAUUUAUUGUUGCGUGGUUACAUUUCAUGGGAGAGUGGUUGGUGUUUGGCACUACGAAGAUGGGCAGGGGAUUAGCAGGACCAGCCGCGGUGUCAACGGGGACUCUGAUCUGGAUGUGGUUGCAAUGGGGAUUUUAUGUCAAAUAA